UCCCUUUUAGGAACUCUUUCUUUUUCCUCGCUCUACAACUCCUCUCAGCCGCCCCCCUCCUCCACAGUAACACCGCCAAUUUCUUCCACCGCCUCCAGUGAAAAGCAGUAUUAGGGUUUUGCUCAUCAAUCAUUUUUUUCCUCAUAAUUUUAUUAAAGAGAAAGGGGGAAAGGAAAAAGCAGUAAUGGGGAAAGGAGAGAAAAGUACGUUAGGGAGGGCACUGGUGAGGCACCAUAACCAAAUGAUUCAGCAGUCGAAAGAGAAGGGACGAUUCUACAGGAACCAACACAAGAAGGUUCUGGAAUCCGUCACUGAAGUCACUGAUAUUCAGGCCGUCAUAGAACAGACAGAUGAAGCUCACCGCGUCUUCUCUGACCUUAAUCCUCCCGUUAAACUCCUCGUCAAUCUGGAUGGUGAUUCUAGCAUGGGUGAUCUGACACCUGAAGAAAGAAAAGAGCAGCAGAAGAAGGAGGAGGUCUUGCAUGCUAGCAGUCUUCGUGUUCCACGCAGGCCACCAUGGAAUACUAGAAUGUCAGUAGAAGAGCUUGAUGCCAAUGAAAAUCAAGCUUUUCUAGCUUGGCGCCGCAAUCUUGCAAGGCUUGAAGAGAACGAGAAACUGGUUCUCACCCCUUUUGAAAAGAACCUGGAUAUCUGGAGACAGCUUUGGAGAGUUGUCGAGCGUAGUGAUCUGCUUGUAAUGGUUGUUGAUGCACGAGACCCACUUUUUUAUCGGUGUCCUGAUCUUGAGGUAAGUAUUUCAAUGCUUCACAGUAGCGNUGGUUAUGUUGCUGCAAGUGGAUUGCCUGAUGAAACAAGAGCAGCACGUCAGAUGUUGAAAGAUUAUGUUGAUGGGAAGCUUCCACAUUUUGAAACGCCUCCAGGGGUAUCGGAGGAUGAAGGUAGUGCAGAAGAUGAAGAUGUUUCAGAGGAUGAUGAUGGACCUAGAAUGUCUGCUUCUGAUUCCUCUGGUGAUGAUGAAGACGAAAAUGCACCGAGUCUAGAGCAUGUGCUGAGUGAUUUGAGUACAUUUGAUAUGGCCAAUGGACUUGCUUCUAACGAGGCAGCUAGUAAAAAGAAGCCCUCAAUUAAACCCCAUAAACAACACAAGAAAUCACAAAGAAAAAAAGACCGGUCGUGGAGGGUCCAGAACGGUGAUGCUGAUGGGAUGCCAGUAGUAAGAGUCUUCCAGAAACCAGCAAACACUGGACCUGUGAGCAUCCGAUAGGUGUAGAUGGAAAUUGAUUGUAUCUUUGCUCAGCGGCGAACUGCAUCAAGAGGAAAAAAAAAAGGCAAAACAUGUUAUUUCUGAUAGUUGGCUCUUUGGCUCCUGCCUCUGUUGCCAUGUGAACUGCUGUUUCUUACCCUACAUUAUUGCAUGUACUAUUUGUUACACGCAUAUCGUUACGAUGAUAGUGCGGUAUAUAUGCUUAUUUCUAAAGUAAGACUCUCACUAAGGGAGUUACAGGGUAAAAUCUUAUGCAACACGAUGUAUUGAUUCCUUUGAGUUAAUUGUCUGAGCUUCUGUGCC